AUGUGGAACAAUGCUGGAGAUUACGAUGGCGGUUUCGAUCAGGGAGGUGGAUAUCUCAGUUCUCAGAGUGACACCCAAGACAAGAAGAAAACUCGGGUGCAGCACAUAAUGCCAUGCACACUGGCCAGGUUGAUGAAGGCUGAACAUGUCGAGGACAAGUUUAUAUCGGAUGGUGUUGAAUUGAAUCAAGUGUCAGUUGUUGCACUAGUGUUAUCAGCCCAAGAAACGACGACCAAUCAGGUCUAUCGGGUUGAUGAUAUGACAGGUCCCAUCAUGGAAGUCAGAGUCUUUGCUGAUAAUGAUCCCGAUAUGUUAGAAUCGGAUAAAGUUCCGUUAUUUCGGGAGAACACAUACAUCCACGCCUGGGGUCAUCUUCGAAGUUUCGGCGGUAACAGAAACAUCACUGCCUUCAGGAUUUGUCAGGUGGAUGAUAUGGAGGAACUGACGCACCACAUUCUCGAGUGCACCUAUGCCCAUCUCUAUCAUUCUAAAGAGCUGCACCUGAUGCGAUUAAAAAAUGCUCAUCAUUUUCAGAACCGUACUACAAACCCUGGACAGCAGCCAGGAAUGAGACCUCGAGUGGAUGGUGGCAUGAAUGCAGCAGCAACUGUUGAUGCUGGGGACAUGGGUCUGACUCCAGUGCAGAUGCAGGUUUUGAACUUGAUAAGAACAAGCGUUGAGGAUCACGGCAUUACAACGACCACUCUGUCAAAUCAGUUGAAAGGACUGCCUAGGAAGGCUAUCACGGAGGCACUUGAUUUUCUGAGUUCCGAGGGCCACAUAUAUUCCACCAUUGACGAUGAACACUUCAAAGCAACGGACUCUAUUUAG